AUGAAUAUUGUUUUCCACGCACCAGCCCAUGUACCAGCACCGGCUCAUGUGCCACCACCAGUCCAUGUGCCAGUACCAAUCCAUGUACCAGCACCAGCUCAUGUGCCACCACCAGUCCAUGUGCCAGCACCAGCUCAGGUGCCACCACCAGUCCAUGUGCCAGCACCAAUCCAUGUACCAGCACCAGCCCAUGUACUAGCACCAGCUCAUGUGCUACUACCAGCCCCAGUCCAUGUACCAGCACCAGCUCAUGUACCAGCACCAGCUCAUGUACCAGCACCAGCCCAUGUGCCAGCACCAAUCAAUGUGCCAGAACUAGUCCAUGUGCCAGCCCCAGAAAAUGGGCCAGCACCAAUUAAUGGGCCAGCACUAGCUAAUGUACCAGCACUAGUUAAUGGGUCAGUGGCAACAGCGUCGAUACCAGCAUUGGAAACAGCAUCAACAUCAGGAUUGUCAUCAGAACGUAAGUUUCAAUAUAAUAUUAAUCAUAUUUCAUAA